GCGCAGCGGCGGAGGGGAGCGGGGUGCAGGGAAUUGGGAUCCGGGAGCUAGAAGGGGGGCUGCGGCCUCACCAUGGGGGCCUGUCUCGGCGUCUGCUCCCUGCUGAGCUGCGUGUCCUGUCUCUGUGGCUCUGCACCAUGCCUGCUCUGUGGCUGCUGCCCCUCAGCCAAGAACUCCACCAUCUCCCGCCUCCUCUUCACCUUCUUCCUCUUCCUUGGCACCCUUGUCUCCAUCAUUAUGAUAAUCCCUGGAGUAGAGAAGGAGCUGCACAAGCUCCCUGGCUUUUGUGAAGGCACUGGCUCUGUCCUGGGGGUCCAGACCCACGUUGACUGUUCCAGCUUCCUGGGUCACAAAGCUGUGUACCGCAUGGGCUUCUCCAUGGCCUCCUUCUUCUUCCUCUUUGCUGUGUUGAUGGUGUGUGUGCGCAGCAGCAAGGACCCACGGGCUGCCCUUCAGAAUGGCUUCUGGUUCUUCAAGUUCCUGGUGCUGGUGGGAAUCACAGUGGGGGCCUUCUACAUCCCAGAUGGUGCCUUCACCUCAGUCUGGUUUUACUUUGGUGUGGUCGGCUCCUUCCUCUUCAUCCUCAUCCAGCUCAUCCUGCUCAUCGACUUCGCCCACUCCUGGAGUCAGCUGUGGCUGCGUAACGCCAGCGAGAGCAACGCCAAGGGCUGGUAUGCAGCCCUUUGCAUCGUCACCUUCAUCUUCUACGCCGCCUCCAUUGUGGCCGUGGUGCUGCUCUAUGUCUACUACACCAAACCCCAGGGCUGCACAGAGGGCAAGGUCCUCAUCAGCAUCAACCUCAUUCUCUGUCUCAUCGUCUCUGCCGUGUCCAUCCUGCCCAAGAUCCAGGAUGCUCAGCCACACUCUGGGCUGCUGCAGGCAUCCCUCAUCACUCUCUACACCAUCUAUGUCACCUGGUCUGCCUUGGCCAAUGUACCCACCCAGACCUGUAACCCCACACUGCUGGUGAGGAACAGCACCAGCUCAGUGAUGGCCAACCAGCCACUGACAACCUGGUGGGAUGCCCCAAGCAUCAUAGGGCUGAUAAUCUUCAUCCUCUGCACCCUCUUCAUCAGCCUCCGCUCUUCAGACCACCCCCAGGUCAACAAACUGAUGCUGACAGAGGAGAGGAGGGCAGGGGGUGAGGAAGGGGCUGUAGAGGAGGGGCUGCACCGUGCCUAUGACAACGAGCAGGAUGGUGUCACCUACAACUACACCUUCUUCCACCUCUGCCUCCUCCUGGCUGCCCUCUACAUCAUGAUGACCCUCACCAACUGGUACAGGCCAGAUGAGAGCUUGCAGGUGCUGAGGAGCCCUUGGACAGCCGUGUGGGUGAAGAUCUGCUCCAGCUGGGCUGGGCUGCUGCUCUACCUCUGGACCUUGGUGGCUCCACUGGUGCUGCCAGACCGGGACUUCAGCUGAGGUGGCCCUGAGCAUCCCACCCCUGGGUCAGAGCCACCAUGGCCAUGUCCUUCAAGGUUGGGGACAACCCCAGCUCUGCCUUAGCCCGAAGUGUUGCAUGCAGGAGCAGCUGCACUGGGUUGUGCCUUCUUUCUUUAGUCUAAAAGGGAUGAAGUACCAAGCAGGGAAAAUCAGCAAGGACUGAGCAAGGAUGUUUUUAGAGCUCUUACAAACUCUUGUGUUUGUCUGGUGCCUUUGGCUGCUUCUGGUAGCUCCGUACCCUCUUCUUCUAGCUGAGUCAACCACCUCGCCUUGGGAGGGUUUGGUUUUUACCAGCUGCUCCUGUCUUGCUUGGUAUCCCAGGACCGUGGUGCCUUUUGAGGGGGGCCUGGGGACCAUCCCAUGUGUGGGGGCUGUGUCCUGGCCAGAGCUUCCUCCCCAGACAGCUUGGAGGGACAUGAAUCUUGGGGAUUGGUGGCUGAAGGCAGACAAAAUGUGGCCCCGGCUCCUCCAGGGCUCUUGUCCCCACAGGAGGAGAGGUUUUAAUAAAGUCUUGUUUAGGAUAACAGUG